AUGGCUGGCUACAUGGACGUGCUCCGAGGCGAGCCGGAGCUGGCGGCCGUGUACCCCGGUGCUGCGCAAGACAGGCUCUUUGAGGCGACGUAUCGCCAUGUCAUCGACGGGAUGUCGUGCGAGGGGUGCGGUUGCGGCGGCAAGCUGGUGCCGCGUGCCCGCCUCGAGCAGGGCGAUGGACAGCCUGCGGUGCACUUUGGCCUGAUUGCGUCGGAUGACACGGUCAUGAAGUCGGGCGAGGACCGCGACGCCAUCGCACAGCAGGCGGGUGUUAUAGGUUUUGAAAUGGAGGGCGCCGGUAUGUGCGACGUCUUCCCUUGCGUGAUCAUUAAAGGUGCCUGUGACUACGGACAGCCACAAGACCAAGGCGUGGCAGCGGUACGCGGCGGCGACGGCGGCGGCAUGCAUGAAGACUUUCUUGGGUCACUGGGUGCCUUCGAUGACAGGAUCCCUUCCUCCCCCAGAGCAGCCUACCGGACCUUGGUGUGGGUAGACCAUUACGAUAUUGUCAGGCCAAACUGUACUAACUCUACAGGAGUCCUUGCUCCCUAUGAUGAGAAUACCACGUUCAUUGGGCGAAAGUCCAUCCUCAAGCAACUCCAGCAACAGCUUCUAGUGUCAGUUUCACACUCGAGGGUUGCGCUCUUCGGCCUCGGCGGUGUCGGGCCAGAGGUCUCAGUCUUCUGGGUCCAUGCGAGCAAUGCUGAACGAUUCCGGCAAGCGUAUGCGUCUAUCGCGCAAGAAUGUCGGGUGCCGGGCUACGACGACCCAAAGGCAGACGUGUUGUUGCUGGUGAAAGCUUGGCUGGAGAGGACGAAUUGCGGCCAAUGGCUGAUGGUUGUUGACAAUGCCGACGACAUGCAGCUCUUCUUCGGACAGCAUAUGGGGCCUGUGAAUGCCAGCUCUUCUAGUUACGAAGAGAGCCUCGGACAGUACCUCCCCGAGUGCCCGCAGGGCGCUAUUCUUGUCACAACCAGGAACAAGCCGGCCGGCUUGAGGCUGACCAAGGGAAAACGCCCAAUCGAGGUCGGGAAGAUGGACGAGGGCGAGACAGACCAGCUGCUCCGCGCACACCUUGACGGAAUCAGCGUUUCUUCCAGUGAAUCCUCUGCACUUUCUUCCCGCCUGGAACACCUUCCGCUCGCGCUCGUCCAAGCAGCCGCAUUCAUCCAAGAGAACACUAUAGCUGUCAGUAAGUAUCUUGAGCUCUUGGACAGCAGCGACCAGGACCUUGUCGAUCUGCUCAGCGAGGAAUUUGAGACGGACGGGAGAGAUUCGGAAAUGCCUUGUGCAGUGGCUGAGACAUGGAUUCUCUCGUUCGAGCAGAUACAACGGCAGAAUGCCUUGGCAGGCGAGCUUCUCUCGCUUAUGAGCCUCUUCGACCGGCAGGCCAUUCCGUUGGAAUUUCUAUCCUGUUACAGCAAGCAGCAGGGUCAAGAGCAAAGGGGAGAAAUACAGCUUACGAAAGCUCUAGGCGUCCUCAAAGCUUUUUGUUUUGUGGUUGAGGGCAAGGGCCAUAGGUUCGAUAUGCACCGCUUGGUGCAGUUGGUCACCCAGAAGUGGCUCGGAAGGAAGGACACGAUAUGCCGAUUUGCAGAACAGGCACUGUUGGCGGUGUCGCACUGUUACCCAUUCGGCCGGUAUGAAAACUGGGUAGUAUGCAGCGCAUACCUUGCUCACGCAUAUGCAGUGCUGGGCGGCAAAGGCACUGGUUCGAGGGAUGAGAAGGCCGGGAAGGCGACUCUUCUACACUCUGUUGCGGUAUUCUUGGGUUAUCGAGGCCAGUGGAAAGAUGCCGAGAGGUUCCAGCUUAAGGCUGUUGAGCUACGAGGAGAAGUUUUGAGAGAGGAGCAUCCCUUGACACUGGCCAGCAUGGGCAACCUGGCGUCGACGUACCAGAACCAAGGCCGGUGGAAGGAGGCCGAGGCGCUGGAGGUGCAAGUGAUGGAGACGAGAAAGAGGGUGCUGGGAGAGGAGCAUCCCGACACGCUGACCAGCAUGGGCAACCUGGCGUCGACGUACCGGAACCAAGGCCGGUGGAAGGAGGCCGAGGCGCUAGAAGUGCAAGUGAUGGAGACGAGAAAGAGGAUGCUAGGAGAGGAGCAUCCCGACACGCUGGCCAGCAUGAACAAUCUUGCCUUCACUUGGAAAGGGAUAGGUCGUGAUGGAGAUGCUCUUGGCUUAUUACAGGCCUGCUUUGAUCUCCAGCAACAGGUACUAGGCGAAGCUCAUCCGUCUACAGUGUCGACGCUGUCAGCUCUGGAGGCAUGGCUAGAGGAGAACGAGCAGCCGGUAGUGUAA